GUGACAGAAAGCAAAUGCUCCACACACACAACCAAAGCGAAGACAAUUCAAAGUAAAACUAAAAAAGUGAUAUUCAAAGCCAAAAUCGCAUCGUUUAGGCGCUUGAAAAUGAGCAGCGAUAUUGGUGGCGUUAUUCGUGCAGGCAAAAGUAAUGGUGGUAAUGGCAAUGUUGGCACUGGCAGCGGCCCAUCUUCAAACUUAAAUCCACGCAAUUACUUCUCGCUGAGCCGACAGCCACAGUCUUCGCAAAAGCCGCGUGCCAGUUAUCCCGAGAUAAUGCAUCCGCGUCUCUCCUUGAACGGUACUUUGCGCCAUUUAGUGCCCUCCCCACGUCCGCUAUAUCGUGAUCACAGUUCACGCUCGAUACAACCGCUCACGGCCAAUGAACAACAAAUGGCUGAGUUAGAUGGCAGUUUCUAUGGCAACACUUUGGGUUGCUUCAGCACGAGCGGUGGCGGUGGAGGUGGUGGUGGCAGCAGUAGAGCUGGUGGUGGUGGUGGCGGCAGCAGUCGUGUGGGCUUUAGCGGUGGUGGUGGUGGCGGUGAAAGCAAUACGGGCUUUCACACGACAGAGUUGUCGAUUACGCCAACGCUGAUGGGCGAUGAACAAUUUAUCGAUUUGGGUAGCUUGCGUCGCUUUUCAAUCGAUCGGCAGAGUUUUCUUGAUCUCGGAUCGAAAUUUAGCAUGCCACAGCCGAAAUUCGGUCAGAGCGUCUCACAGCAAGGUUUCUUCACAUCACACGACAGCCUCGCCACACCAUGUGCAUCACGUGCCUCCAAUCCACAUGUGGCCACUGUAAGCACUGCCUCCGAAAUGGAUUUACUGCACAGCAGCAACAAACAGCGACGCAAAUCGCGCGGCCGCCUGAAAGCGAUGUCCGGCGAGCAGCCUUUGCUCGAUUCGUGGCAACGAUCGGCGACGGCGCGCGGUUCCCAAGACAACACAUUGGCCGGUGGAUUCGCGGGGAGUAAUCAAUUUAGCGGGAAUUUCUGCAACGGCACUGAUAGAUAUCCCCGCUCACGUUCCGGUACCUCUACGACCACUGCCCCGCCACAUAGCGGCCCCUCACAAUCGCAUCACUCGUCACAUCAGCUGCACCAUUCGGCAUCGGUGUCGCAUGCGCACCAUCCUCAUGCGCAUCAUCAAUCGCAUUUAUCAUCAACACAACAACAACAGUCCGCAGCGUCACAUCAUCAGCAGCAACCACAUCGAACCGCCUCGCAACGAUUUCGUGCCGCCACUGCCUCGCGUAAAUUCCACUUUGUGUUCGAUCCGGCGGGGCGUCUGUGCUACUACUGGUCGAUGGUCGUAUCACUGGCGUUCCUCUAUAAUUUCUGGGUUAUAAUCUAUCGUUUCGCCUUUCAAGAGAUCAAUCGACGAACGAUUGCCAUUUGGUUUUGUCUCGAUUAUUUCUCAGAUUUUUUAUAUCUCAUAGAUAUAUUCUUUCAUUUUCGUACCGGUUACUUGGAGGAUGGUGUACUACAAACGGAUGCAACCAAAUUGCGUCAACACUAUAUGAAUUCGACAACAUUCUACAUUGACUGCCUAUGUUUGCUGCCAUUGGAUUUUUUAUAUCUAUCAAUCGGAUUCAAUUCGAUAUUGCGUUCAUUUCGUUUGGUGAAAAUCUAUAGAUUUUGGGCAUUUAUGGAUCGUACCGAACGACAUACAAACUAUCCGAACUUAUUUCGUUCGACAGCGCUGAUACACUACCUACUUGUGAUAUUCCAUUGGAACGGAUGUCUGUAUCAUAUUAUACAUAAGAACAAUGGAUUCGGUUCGAGGAAUUGGGUAUACCAUGAUUCCGAAUCGGCCGAUGUAGUUAAACAAUAUUUACAAAGUUAUUAUUGGUGUACGUUAGCUUUAACGACGAUCGGGGAUUUGCCAAAGCCCAGAUCGAAAGGUGAAUACGUCUUUGUGAUAUUACAAUUGCUAUUCGGACUGAUGCUGUUCGCGACGGUGCUGGGUCAUGUGGCGAACAUUGUGACGUCGGUGAGUGCGGCACGUAAGGAAUUUCAAGCCAAACUGGAUGGCGUGAAAACGUAUAUGCGUAUGCGUCGUGUGCCCAAUCAUCUGCAGGUGAAAGUCAUUAAAUGGUUUGAUUACCUGUGGCUGACCCAAAAAUGUUCCGACGAGGAGCGAGCUGUAUCCUGUCUUCCUGAUAAAUUAAAGGCUGAAAUAGCAAUUAACGUCCAUUUAGAUACACUUAAGCGAGUUGAAAUUUUUCAAAAUACCGAAGCGGGUUUCCUAUGCGAAUUGGUGCUACGUCUGCGGCCGGUACUCUUCUCACCCGGUGACUAUAUUUGCCGGAAGGGUGAGGUUGGGAAGGAGAUGUACAUAGUAAAUCGUGGCCGUCUGCAGGUGGUGGCCGAUAAUGGGAAGACGGUGAUGGCUUCAUUGAAGGCAGGUUCCUAUUUUGGCGAGAUUAGUAUACUGAAUAUGGGCACAGCAGGUAAUCGUCGCACUGCCUCGGUACGCUCGGUUGGCUACAGUGAUCUCUUUGUGCUGAGCAAAAAGGAUAUGUGGGACGUGUUGAAAGAGUAUCCGGCGGCGCGCGUGCGACUCGAAUCCAUAGCGGUAAAACGUUUGGAGAAAUACAAAAAGGCGCCUCUCGAGAAAGUAAAAUACUUUAAUGUAGUUGCCAUGGGACGAUGCCAAUCGACGCCGGGCUUGGUGGAGAGCUGCGGACGCACAACUUUGGAAGAUAUGUGGCUACCACCACCGUCAGCACUCACUUUUGCACAACAGCAACAGCUACAGCAGCAACAGCAAAGUGUACCUUACAGUCGUGCUCCCAGUCCCCGCUCAACACUUACAUAUACGGAACGCAUCACACGUGCCACCGACUCACCCGGCUCGGUCAGCCCUAGUGUGCACAGUUCAGAUGAUCGACCGCGCAGUAGGGCAACAUCGCAUCCCUCGACACGCCCCCAAUCGCAGCCUAGUCGUACAGGACAAAUCUGCGAUUCCAGUUCGCAUUUAGAAUACGGUGGCGGCCUGUCCGUUGCCAGCGGUGGCAUCGGUGGUGGCGGCACUACGCCAUUACUUGGUUCACAUGAAGCCUUAGAAGACGAGAUCAAACGGUUGCGCGAACGUUUACAUACCGUAGAAUCGGAGAAUCAAGCACUUAAUACGAAGCUCUCACAACAACAAUGGGACUUAGAGAAUCGACUGGCCGAGAUUGAGAUGCAAAUAUGUGGCGUCUCAUCAACAUCCAGUCUCGAUCCGGAGAACGAGACCGAGGAGAUGGAACGCAAUCGUGAGAGUAUCAUAUAACACGGGAGCGAGCUGCCCCAUCAGUCGAUCGGUAUGAUGUACAUAUCAUGUUUCACAUGACUCGCAUUGUUGUUGUCGUUUAAUGUUAAA